AUGAAUUCAAAGUUGACACCCUCUGCGUCCAUGCUGAACGCUCAAACCCCAGAUUCGAUACAAAAGCUUUCCACUGCAAUUGCCAGUCUUCAGACCUCACCACCACCAGCAGAUGUUCUACCCUCUCAAGAAACGCUCUCGAAAGCGCGUGCAACCUUGGUUGAUGUCUUGCCCGAACAAGGAGCUGGCCUCGAAAACACCAUCUGCCACCUAACUCAAGACCUCGGACCAGCACUCAAUGCCUCGUCCCGUUCAGCAACCUACUACGGCUUCGUCACAGGCGGCUCUACGCCUGCAGCGUCCCUCGCCGACAAUCUAGUGACACACUACGAUCAAAACGUCCAAGUUCACCUGCCCAACGAGACCUUGGCCACAGACAUAGAAGACCGCACACUUACCCUCCUCUGCUCCCUCCUUGACUUCAGCCCAUCUCAGUGGCCUCACCGCACCUUCACCACUGGCGCCACAACAUCCAACAUCCUUGGGCUAGCCUGCGGCCGCGAGUACGUCAUCGCCGAAGCCAGCGCGCACCGCACCGAUGCUGAAGUCAGUGUUGGUGAGCAGGGAAUCGUGGAAGCCAUGCGACUCGCCGGAAUCGACAACAUACAGAUCCUGACAACCGUACCUCACUCCUCUCUAAGUAAAGCUGCUUCCAUCCUAGGUUUAGGCCGGAGCUGCGUCAAAUGCAUAGGCCGCACAGAUGCACCGCACAAAUUUGACAUGGCUAUGCUGCAGAAACACCUGUCGCAACCUGGCGCAGCGAGCAUAGUAGCCGUCUCGGCCUCAGAAGUGAACACCGGCCUCUUCGCGACCUCGAGCUUUCAGGAAAUGCAAGAGAUUCGCAGAAUCUGCGAUAUGUACGGCGCUUGGAUCCACGUCGAUGGCGCCUUUGGCAUCCUCGCGCGCUUACUGCCGUCCACGCCCCAAUACGAAACCAUAAAGAACUGCACCACCGGCCUGGAACUUGCCGACAGCAUCACCGGCGACGGACACAAGCUGCUCAACGUGCCCUACGACUGCGGCUUCUUCCUCUCGCGGCACCGCUCGCUCGCAGAGCGCGUCUUCGCAAACCCAAAUGCUGCGUAUCUCGCCGCCGGCGCCGCGGCCGAUGGAAUCAUGUCCCCGCUGAACAUUGGGCUGGAGAACUCGAGGCGUUUCCGGGCGUUGCCCGUGUAUGCCAGUCUGGUUGCGUACGGCGCUGCAGGGUACCGGGACAUGUUGGAGCGCCAGAUUGCGUUAUCUCGGGGUAUCGCUAGAUAUAUCUCGUCAAGUGAGGAAUUCGAAUUACUACCCGUGCGCGGCGAGGAUACGGAUGAUGUGCUGGGGAAGAUAUACAUCAUCGUCCUAUUCCGCGCCAAGAAAGAGGCUUUGAACCAGCAGCUCGUAGAUAAGAUCAAAGCGAGCAGUAAAAUCUACGUUUCAGGAACAAGCUGGGAAGGCAAGCCUGCGUGUCGUUUCGCCGUAUCGAACUGGAUGGUCAACGUCGAGAGAGAUCUGCCGGUUGUCACGCAGGUGUUGCAGGACGUUGCGAGGUAA